UUAGUUUCCGUCUGUGAGGUAAACAGCUUGGCGAGAUGCGGGUGCAAAGUUGGACAUAAAAUAUUUAUAUCAGUCGUUAAUCCAGAAUGUGACCUACAUAUCUUCGUGAGGAUAAGCAACAGUUUGUGAUUCUCUGCUCAUUAGUACGUCAUCCUUGUGAAACAGCGUCCAUUGUCGCCGUGUGUUGACAUGUUAGUUUACAUGUUUGUCUCAUCAGCUGACGUGCAGCUCUAACCACCAUACACCAUCUGGGUUUAUAUCGUUUACCACCCAGUUUGUGUUUUAUUUGAAUCCAGUGCUGCAGAGAAAGCACAAGGGUAAAUAGGCAUUUUGGUAAAUGAUAACCACUUACAACCAGCUAACUAACAAGACCACAUUCAGGCAUGUUAGUCCAGGCAAGUUAUUGAGUAAGCCUCAACUGCUGGUGGGGAUAUUCUCCUAAAAUAAGGCUACAUCAUCUAGAUAUGGUAUGCAUGGCUUGGUAAGUUUCUGUGACUGAGCCAUGGAGGGGAUCCUGUACAAGUGGACAAAUUACAUGACAGGUUGGCAGCCUCGCUGGUUCGUCCUGGAGGACGGGACCAUCUCCUACUACGACAGUGAGGAUGACGUGGGGAAAGGAAGCAAAGGCUCCAUCAAGAUGUCCGUCUGUGAUAUCAAAGUUCAUCCUACAGACACGGCACGCCUGGAGCUGAUUAUCCCAGGAGAACAACAUUUUUACGUCCGAGCUGUCAACGCGGCAGAGAGGCAGAUGUGGCUGGUUGCGUUGGGGUCAUCUAAAGCAGGGACACUAGACAGUCAUAAACACAAAGGGCCUGACUGUCUGAAAACAAAGAUGUCUGAGCUCCGCCUCUACUGUGACCUACUUGUUAAACAAGUCCAAAGUAUUCAAUCGCAGCAGAACGACAAUACAGAGACCACUCCCACAUCUGAGGCGUCUUUGCUCAGUGCGACCUGCUCCACCUUCAUCAGGACGCUAGAGGAGUGCAUGACCCUGGCCAACCACAGUCUGGCACCGGACAUCCCCCCCCUGGAGAGGACGAAGAGGUCCACCAGUCACCCCGGGACAUAUACUUUUGACAGGUCUAAUAUAAAGGAUUCUUACGUGGCUGGAGGGCAAAGGUCAACUCCACACCGAAACCGCACUUGUUCCGACAGCUCCGUCUACGAUUCUGAACGUUUCAUGCCCGGUCUCAACGGUGACUCAUCCUCCAUCCCUGAAGAGAGAUCGGGCGGGGCUACUCUGAAGACGACACCCACUGACACAGACACCGACCUGUCGAUGUGACGGCCUGGCCGUGCGUUGGCCUCUGAUCUUGCCUACCCCCCUCGCCGGGCCUCUGGAUGCACAGUAGAACACGUAUGAACGUUGAAGAAAGACCAGGACCCAGGGCCACAGAGGGCCCCUAGAGGAGGGCCACGGGGGACUGUUACGACGUGACGGUCCACAACCUUUCUUCCCAGAGAGAGAGAGAGAGAGAGAGAGAGAGAGAGAGAGAGAGAGAGAGAGAGAGAGAGAGAGAGAGAGAGAGAGAGAGAGAGAGAGAGAGAGAGAGAGAGAGAGAGAGAGAGAGAGAGAGAGAGAGAGAGAGAGAGAGAGAGAGAGAGAUCUUUGUGCAGGCUGCUCUCCAGGUACACUCAGAUAGGUGCAGAAGAUGUGAGAAUCUGCUUCUAGUGGUUGUCAUUCAAUCAUCAAGGCUACAUAGUCACACAUGGUGUAGACGUGAUUGACAGCUGAUUCAACCAGUCAAAACUCAACUGAAUUGAAAUGUGGUCAACCAUGGCACCUUCACCUAACCAAAAAUGAACCCUUACUGUAAGCCUACUCACUUAACCCAUAAGGGGGGAUGCACGCCGGACAUCUCUGCAGACAGCACUGAAGAUUUAAAACCAUCAUGAGCCGAAACCCUAACUCCAAUACCUAGCCCUGAAGUUAGCCACAUGUUGAACCUGUGUACAGGAGGUAUUAUGCGAAUAUUGAAUGCGAGGUUGGAUAGAACAAUGGACAAAGGUGUUGGUCAAUUCCUCUUGAGCCAGGUGUUGUAGUCGUUUGUUGUGUGAGGUCAGUAUAGAUUAAUGGGAACUUGUUACUCUGGGUGUCAUUUCUCCUUUGUUUAGUGGAGCACUUCAAUUGAGUGCUACAUAUUUUCCUUGGCACACAUUCAGCAAUUAGGAACCCCCUUUUCUGCCUGUAAGAGACUAUAUCUAUAUUUGUUGUGUGGAUGGUUGUCUCAGAAGAAACGACUUUCCCUGUAUCAACACUAUCUUCAUUGCCUUUGUCUUCAGCCAAUUAGGUUAUGACACACGAUACUGAACCCGAGGGGGCGAACACUGAGAACUUCUUAAAGUUGAGAGCUAAUCGUAUUCUCCCCAAUAACCUAAUUCUGCUGGUUUUGCACUUUAGAAUAACAGAUAAAUUACAAGAAAUGGAUGGUCUGUACAUUUUGAUGGCAGUAUUGGCUGAGAUGAUGAUGGAAGAUGACGCGAGUGAUAGAAGAUGUUUUCCCUAGCCAUGGUGUUAAAAGUGAAGUAUUACGCUUUCUGUUUGUCAAGUUUGCUGCAACAAACUAGCCGGGAGGCAGCAGCUGUGCUUGUGUAUAGCUUGAAUGGAAUUCACCUUUUGCUUUUUACAAUAAUGGCCUCAAAAACACACAUGUUUAUUUACUCUACCAGAGAGAGCUUCUGGUCACAAGAGACCUUUGAGUGUUGAAUGUAACCACGUGCAUAUGGUUUGUCAGAAUCGUAGGUCGAACCUCUUUCAAAAAUUCACAUGUUUCAGUAAUUAACACAGAAAUUUGCCAAAUAAAGAUCUCAUUCAAAAUAAGGACGUUCAAA